CAUUCUUCUUCUGAGCUAAACCUCCUGCAAACGGAUGUUUUAUCCUGAUGUUUAUCAACAUGGAUAUCGAAGUACUUCGCAUAUUCUACAAUGAUUUCCGGGUAUCAUCUGUCCGCCUGUAAUCGAAACCGAAAGAGAACGCGCAUCGAUCCCGAUGAAUAAUACUGGCGCAGGUCUAAUUCUAACGACUCAUGUUUUGCCAUCGUAACUAUGACUACAAUUUGCCAAGCCAGAAGGCAAAUGUCUAAGACGUGUACGACCGCAGGGAAGAUCCUCGGCGUGAGUGUGCGAAUUCACGGUGACGUUAGAAACAAUUCGGGCGAAAUGAAUGAUAAGGAUGAUAGCGCGUGGGUGUUCGAUUCCUUGAUUGGAUUUCUGCAAGGCCCCAUCUGGUCUUCGCCCCUGAUGACCUUCAUCGAGGAAAAGUCCCUCGUUUUCGAAGCCAAUACCGAAGACUGCGAAGAAUAUCGAAAAAUAUAUCAGGAGUAUAAAAACCUGGUUGAUUUGCUGCUGGGAUGUUUUAUGGAAGACAUGGGUAUCACACCGGAACAAUUUGAGCACGCGUGUACCGUUAACAGGGAUACAAAGAUCCCGAUACAUUUUCAACAAAAUCUAUUCGAGCAGAUAUGGGCGGCGAAUGAAUACGAAAUAUUCAAAAGGAUGAUGAUACAGAAGAACUUGGAGCUCCAGCUGCAAGCGCUAAAUAUGAUCGAACAAAAAUACGGUCUCACACCUGCCUCCCUCGUGUAUGAGACUGAUGGCUUUCUCGACGACGAGCUAGUCAUGGAGGAUUUGAUACAGAAACAUGUUCUGGAAGAUCAGAGCGAGGAGGAACCAGGUAUAUCCUCUGAAACAACGCUGAUUGCUGAACACGAGCGUUUAGCUGCCGAGUAUCAUAAUGAAAGGGCUUUAUUGGAAGAGGCAUUGAGAAGAUCAAAAGAUGAUUCCAGGAAUAUUUCGGACGACGAAUCGACAGAAGAAGUUGAAUGUGCCACCGUAUCUGCUGAAAAAGAACCGUCGGAUAAACUUCAACUCAGGAAAGCCGAGCCUCUUAAAUCAAUACCAAUUUCAGAAAAGAAAUCCGAUGAAGAUGAGAUGAAUCCAGAAGAUAUUAAAAAGAGACAAGAAUAUCUGAAAGCUAGACGAGAUAAACUUGUAGCUUUAAAGAAGGAAGCUAGGAGCCAACAGCUAGAGAUGAACAAAACUCGGCCGAGCUCGGCUAGAGUAGUCGCCGAAGCGACUAUGAAGGGCCAGCAAGAACUAGAAGCAGCGCAAGCUGUAGAUCCUUCGAUACUUCAAGUACGAAGAGCUCUUGCAGCUCGAUUGAAAGCCGAAGUUGUGCAUAAGUAAUUUUUAACUGCGUGUUAUUAUAUAUUGGCUUUUUAUAAUUAAUUGUAGAAGUCUUAAACUCGCAUUUCCAGUGCUUCAUACAAAAGCCAAUACCAAUUGUGAUAUCUAGAAAAAUAGUACACGCAAGUUUGUAUUUAGAUAUAAUUUACGAGAAAUGUGCGAAAAUCUAUAAAUUGUUUUUAUAUAUUUACGUAUUAUUGUUUUAAGAAUUUUUUUUAUUUCUUAAGAUUUUCAUAAAGAAUAGAUUAAGUAAAACAUAUAUUUGCAGGUACAUUCACCUAUAUGCUAUUUUAUCUUAUUAAAAGUCUGAUUUUUUUAAGUAAAACUACGUUCAAUAAAAACGAAUACUGCAUUUUAAA